AUGUCAGUAUCAUUCGCCAGCGUAGUUGGUGUGACGGCAACUGGCACAAUAGGAACCAUUCUCUACCAGACAAAUGACCAAUUCCGUCAGGCGAUCCAAGCUUUGGAACGAUGCGGCACGGCUGGUCUGGUGGGUGCCCGUGUAGCAUUAGACUACCGACAGACCUUGGCUGGCUCAUAUGGAUCACCUGAGGAAAGAGAGGCUGCCAAGUCGGCAUGUCAUCAGCGCAGUGCUGAUCAUGUGCUCUGGGGAUUGCAGAAACUUGGGGGCGUGUAUGUGAAACUAGGACAGCAUGUGUCUGCGAUGGUCUACAUCCUUCCGCCUGAGUGGACCUCGACAAUGGCAGUGUUGCAGGACAAAUGCGAUCCUACAUCUCCACAAGACAUCAAGAAUCUGUUUUUGGCUGAUUGUGGUCAGUCAGUAGACCAAAUAUUCGAUACAUUUGAUUGGGUUCCUCUUGGCGUGGCUUCGCUGGCUCAGGUACACCGAGCCAAACUGCGGGAUUCGGGUUCAAACUCCUCAGGUUUGGGCGAAUGGGUUGCAGUCAAGAUCCAGCAUCCGUCUCUCGACAACUUUUGCAGAAUCGACAUGGACACGGUGUCGUUUAUCUUUGAUAUCGUCAAGACCGUCUUUCCAGAGUUUGGAUUCGAGUGGUUUGCAGAAGAGAUGCGCGAAUCAUUGCCAAAAGAACUUGAUUUUGUGCACGAGGCUGCCAAUGCACACAAAGUAGAGGCCAAUUUCUCAGAUGACCGGAUCAAUCGUCGUACGGCUCUCACAAUUCCAAAGAUCCUGUGGGCCAAACGGCGUAUAAUGUGCAUGGAGUUUAUUGAUGGAGCUAGAAUUGAUGAUCUUGCAUACAUGGAACACCAUAAUAUUGAUCCUCGUGAGGUAUCCUUGGAGAUGACUCGAGUGUUUUCCAAAAUGAUUUUCCUCGAUGGGUACGUUCACUGUGAUCCUCAUCCUGGAAAUGUAAUGGUUCGACCAGCCAAGAACCCUAAACGAUCCAAAUACAACUUUGACCUUGUGCUGCUGGACCAUGGUUUGUACCGAACACUGACCGAUGAGCUACGGACAGACUACGCUCGGCUCUGGAAAUCGAUUAUCACUAGUGACGAAGACGGUAUCAAAAAGUACUCGAUGCGUGUUGGUGGCACAGAUGUCUACCGACUGUUUGCAUCGAUGCUGACAGGCCGCGACUGGGACGCCAUCGACAGUGCUGAUCUUGGAUCCAGUCGCUCGGAGGCCGAAUUCAAGCGCCUGUCUGAAGGUGCGAUAGAGUUCUUUGUGGAUGUGGCAGAUAUCCUGGGCCGCUUACCACGCUCGGUGCUGCUGCUCCUGAAAACCAACGAUCUGCUGAGAGUCGUGGACGAACAGCUCAACAGAGCAGCGUCCGAUCAAAAGACAACCUAUGUUGUGAUGGGAACGGUCUGUACAAGGGCAGUCUGGCUGGAUACCAAACAAAGGCUGCGGGAGCAACUAGCGAUGGUUGGAUUUGAUUUCAAGGUCUUUGGAGAACUGGUCCGUAGUUGGCUGUCAUUCCAAACACUGGAGUGGGGACUCUGGUUCUACGAGAAGUAUGCAGUCUGGGCGGAACGUAUUUCAAAGCUAAAAGCCGCAAGGUUGACAUUAUAAAUUAUUAUCACCACAAUCGCCUUUCUCAUCGUCAUCAUAAUCAUCGUAAUCGUAAUCGCCAUCAUACCAUUAUCAUUACAUUACUGUUACUAUUAUUUUUAUUACCAUAAUUCCCCUUCACCGUAAUUAAUACUACUACUACUACUAUCAUUAUAUAUAAUACUCUGCUUUCUUCAUUUUAUUAGCUCUAUUUUACUUGAAGAAAUGUUCAAGUGUAAUAUAAUAAAAUGCUUAUUUAGACCGUUCCUGUAAACCCAUAAACCCCGCUUUUUAUUCAUUCACUUUUUUUUCUUUUUUUUGUGUGUUUUACUUCCCCCUUUUUUUUAAAAAGAAAAUCAGUUCAGUUCAGUUCAGUUCAUUUAUCCUCAUCUCGAAUUGUUAAAGAUGCUCGGUCGACUUUUCCAUUGGACCAUUGAUGCACUCUUGGUGUCUACUGUGCUUGCAGGUGUAAAACGUUUGACCGGAAUUCAGUGAGUGGAAUGUUGCAUAUAUAUAAAAUAAAGGGAAAAAAAAAAGAAAAAAAGAGUGUCAGUGUGUUGCUGUGUUGCUGUGUUGCUGUGUUGCUGUGCUUGUAUGAUAAGAGUAAGAAUAAAUAUCAAGAUAAAUAUUAUGUAAGUAAU